UCCGGAGGGGCGGCCCGGGGGCCGGGCGGGCCGUAGGGGGCCCGCUCGACCUGGAGGCCAUGAAGGCCAGCAUCGCGCGCUACAACGAGGAGCAGCGCGUCCUCAACGAGGACGUCUUCGGACCGCUGCAGCCCGACUCCCUCAUCGUCGUCAUCCAGGUGCACACGCGACUCAUCUACCUGCGGCACUUGAUCGUGAGCCUGGCGCAGGCCAAGGACAUCGACUCGGUGCUGCUCGUCUUCAGCCACGACCACUACGACCCGGAGAUCAACGAACUGGUGCAGGCCGUGGACUUCUGCAAGGUCAUGCAGAUCUUCUACCCGUUCUCCAUUCAGACGCACCCCCACAGCUUCCCCGGGGAAAGCCCCGACGACUGUCCCCGCGAUAUCAAAAAGGAAGAGGCACUUAUUCGGCAGUGCACCAACAUGAAUCACCCAGACCUUUACGGCCACUACCGAGAGGCGAAGUUCACACAAACCAAGCACCACUGGUGGUGGAAAGCCAACCGUGUCUUUGAACAGCUAGAAGUCACAAGGAAUCACACUGGACUGGUUCUUUUUUUGGAGGAGGAUCACUUUGUUGCUGAAGACUUCAUCCAUGUACUCAGAUUGAUGCAGAAAACCUGCCAAACAAACUGCCCUCAUUGCAACAUUCUCUCCCUCGGCACUUACCUCAAGACCUAUAAUUAUUAUGGCGGGGAUUCUAAAAAGGAGAUGCUACGUGCCAUGAAACGCCAUCAGGGUGUUUCAGCAGAUUCAAUAGCUCCCUCCUGGAACUUCCAGAUUCUACCUUCUCUCUAUCAACAUUAUCAAAAGGCUGAGGUGACACCAUGGAUAAGCAGUAAGCACAACAUGGGCAUGGCCUUCAACCGCUCCGUUUGGACAGACAUUCGUGCCUGUUCCCAGUAUUUCUGCUCAUAUGAUGAUUACAACUGGGAUUGGAGCUUGCAGCACAUCAGUCAAAACUGCCUUCCACAUCGAUUACAUGCCAUGGUCAUGAAGGGGCCACGUGUGUUCCACAUUGGUGAAUGUGGGGUUCAUCACAAGAAGACCAACUGUGAAUCAACAGCGGUUAUAUCAAAAGUUCAGAAAGUUAUUCUUGCUGCAAGUAGACACCUCUACCCUUCACAUUUAACUCUUACUGUAACCAACACACUCAAGAAAACAAAACUCCGGAAAGGAAAUGGUGGUUGGGGUGAUGUACGAGACCAUCAGCUUUGCCUUAAUAUUUCAACCACUACCAGAUAGCACUCAAGACUUGUGUUGCUUCAAAAGGAUAUGAAAUUUGUUGGUUGUCUAUCAUUUGCACUCAUACUUUUGGCUUGAACUUCAAUUAUUUCUGAUAAUAAGUUUCCAUUACCUGUCCUCAUUGUUUGAAAAUUGAGGCACUGGCACUACAUUCUCAUAAUUUUCCCCCACCAUUAUUGUUUACCAAAGAAUAGUUUUAUGUCAAAUAUGCUGUGAAAUAUUGAAGUUUCUUUCUUUCAAAGUCAUAACUUUUAGCCUUUUUUUUCUCCAACUCAAAGUUAAUACAUUUUACUCUAUUCUAAAUUUUGUUAUGGGCCCGCUGAAAAAUGUGAAUAAUCGUGAAUAAUGUUUUGUAAGGAUUAUUCAAUCCAGAUGUGAGGUGUGCAGCAGUAUUUGCUAACUUGGUGCAAUUGAACACAUUCCAUGUUAACAAUUGGCACUUCUACUGAUCUCGUGAUUGAUGCAAUCCCCCUCUCCCUCCAGUCAGUUUGACGAACAUUUAUAAAGAGAACUUUGUGCUCCUGCUAGACACUCAACAGAGAUAGUGUGUGUGCUGGUCUAAUUUGUGAACUUUGUGUCUGUGUUUGUGUACUUACUAAUUUCAGUAAUCUAAGAUAUGUGAUUUAAUGGAGAAGUAAUGGUACAUGCUUGGACUCAUGCAGAUGACUCCUUGGUUUGAUGGGUGGUUCUAAUGUAAUCAUUAGUACAAUUAUCUUUGGAAUGCAGAGUUUUAAAUUCUAGUCCUUACUCUUUCCUCCUAUCUUGUAUUGUCUUUGAUGAGUCCCUUUGUGGUGUAAGAAAGAAGCAAGAAAGAGAGAAUCAAUAAUUCUAGGUCAUGGGUGAUUUCGGUUAACGUCCAUUAUGAAGUACGUACCUUUGCUUUGUUCUGUUGUUUCUUAACUUGCUUGCUCUGUUUUUUUUCAUGUUAUUGUUUGAUUUUUUUUUGUUGAAAAAGAGUGUUGCUCAUUGAUUUAUUUGUGAUAAAUUCACUCCAUUUGACUGUCAAGUUUUGCAUUCCUUGCAUUGAUGGAGUAUAAACUUUAAAAAUGAUAGUAUAUCAUCCACUGUACAUUGUAGGUAGAACUCUUGUACAUACUGUAAUUAUUUUUAAGGCUCUUUUAGGAAUUCUUUUUAGGAGUGUGCUGUGAUUCUUUGCUGUACCGUGGUGCUGUUACUUCUUUCCUCAUAAAGUUUUAUGCUUCUUUUGUAGGCUGCUUUAACAAUCCUGGUUAAGACAGUGACUUGAUAGAGUUAUUCCUAAAUAUACUAUUUUAUUAAAAUAUUUGUACUGACACUGAUGGAUAUUGCUUUCUUAGUGUAGUCGCUAUCAUUGCUCUUGUAUCAACGAUUACCGGUAUAUAGUGUUUAAAAAAUGAAACUUAUUGAUUGCCCUCCUUCAGGAAUGAUGUUGUUAAAGUUUGUUGCUGGCAUUUGCAUUUGUUGAUUCAGGCUGAGCUUGCACCCAACUCUUUUGUUGCCUCCUGAGAAUUAGGAUAUUACUUUGCUGCAUCUGCUUUGUUUUUGUUCUUUCUUUAUUUUUGUUUUGUUGUGUACUUACAUAUUGAAAAACAAUAAUCUUUGGUGUAACUUUUAAGUGCUGGGACAAGCAGAGGUCAAGGCCAUGAUGCCCACUUAAUAAGACUUUCAACGCUUGUUCCAAGCUCUGUACAUCUCUUAAAUCUAAGUCAUGUGGAACUGAAAACUUUAAAAAGCAAAAUAUUGAUGGAUAUACUUAAGCAUUCUUUGAAAGUUGAUUACUUUUCUGGUAUGCCCAUGUUUAUGAGUUCUAUUCAUAUCUAGUCAAACAUAGAUUUAAUUUAGGGAACAAUGCAUCUAUUUUCUUUGUUAGCUCUUUUUGUUUUUACCUAGUUGAUUUAUGCAGUAAUUGCUGGUUCUUUACGUAUGAAGUGUUCUGCAGUCUGAAGAUAAUCAGCCCUACUUGCAGGUGUAUGUUCUGAAAUACAAUGCAAUCAUUUUGAAUAAAGAAAUUAUCUUCA